UAAACAAAUAGAAAUAUUAAGAACUUAAUUAUUUAAAAUUACUGAUCAGAACUCAGAUAAAUAUAUGUACUUAGUAUAAAUUCUAAUCGAGAAAAUGGGUAAGCCAAAAGCACAGGGCUCUUUGCCUGUCACACAGCGCAGCAGCAUUAGCGCCAGCAGCAGUACCAACGGGAGCUAUGGGGAAUCUGACCAUGUUUACUGCGUUGUGUUGCACGUUGUAGAAGCAAUCAACUUUCAUAAUCGCGAGACUCGAGAUGGGGAACGGGAACAGAUUGUGAUGAACGCGGCACUUAACUCGGUAGAUUUUGAAGUUGAGGGCACACCAAGCGUUACAGCCGAAACUAUUGUGUUCAACAGCAACUGUAUUUGGGAAUGCGACAUGGCGGGUAUUAAGCGCAUUAAGACGGAUCAUCGCCCGGUCAAGGUAACCUUCUACGCAUGCAGCAUUGGUGCUGAGCGACAGACCAUUGGCUCACUCUUACUGCCAGUGCGGGGUUUGCCCGUGCUAGGCUCUGGUGGUAACAACAAUCCCUUGCAGCUGAAAAUGUUUUGGCACAAGUUAAUCUGUAUCAGCAACGAGUUUCGCUCGCAUAAGCCAGAGGUGCUUCUGAUGCUAGCCAUUAUUAAAAAGUCGCUUCUAGGUACCAAAGACUUUAAGCACUUAAUGGCUUUCAGUUGUUCUGAGAAAUCAACACGUACACCACCGCUUCAACCUCCCGGCCAUUCGAUCACUGCCAACAUGUUGCAGUCGCAGGCCAAUGUAUAUGUGCAAUCAUUGGUGCAGUUGGGCUUGCUACAAGUGGGUAAUGAUCCUCUGGUUGAUUGUGAUAUCAUUGAGGUGGUGUUGCAGUUAAAGCAACUGAAAAAUGUUAACAAGUUUGUUAAGUCUCUGAACCUCGCGAAGGACACGGAAACUGUGAUGCUGAUGUUUGACUUCGUUGGAAAUAUCACACACAUUGAGCUGAAGCUAAUUAAUACAGAUUCAUAUACACUCAAUGAUGUUCUGGGAUUGCGCUUCAAGUCCUCGUUACGCAGUAUGCGCCUGUAUUUCCAGCGUAUAUUCUAUCUACCAAUAAAUAUGUACAUCAAUGGCAUCUCUGUUGCCAACUAUCGUAUGGACUUUGGCAAGAUUUUACCGUCGGAUAGUUACUUUGUUGACUCUCGCAAGUACGAAACUAAUGGCUGCUUUGCUUUUGAACGCUUUGGACGCAAUGCAAGCGCUCGCGAACUUAAGCCCAUCAUGGAUUAUACUUUCACAGUCGAAAUAAAGGAAGUUUAUUGGCAUCAGGAUAAAGCGACGACGCAACAGGAGCGGCAACAUAAACAGAAUCAACUUGACGAGGAUUCAGUAGCUGGAAAAGGCAUUGAAAGUGAAUUGUCCGAGCUCCAAUGCUAUAAUAAUUGUGAAUGUCAAAAUGUUAAGACAAAAGAUGGGAGCUUGAAUGUUAGUUGUGGGCUGUUUGAAUCAAUUGCUGAGGAUACAACAUCGGAAGCAUCUCUGAGUGAUGUGAAGGUGCAUGUGACUAAAGCAGUCGGUCAUAGCAAGAAAUUUACUGAGCUUUUUUCAAAACGUUCAAAUCAUGAUAGCGAAGAUGAAGAAAGCAACAUAUACAAUGUGAAUUCCGAGUCAAAUAUAUCAGCUAAUUUUGGAAACAACAAUUCUGAGCAACAUAUAAACGAUAAUAAUAGCAUACAAGAAAAUGGCAAAGACGUGCCUAUUAAGGAGGCUAGGGAGAUUAAGAUGGCAUCUACAUCAGCUAAUAUUGGAAAAAAUUGCGGUGAUCUGCAACAAGAUUCAGCUUCGAGAUCUCCAAGCAAUUCAAUCAAGAUGCAUUUUUUUACAAAUAUGAAUACGAGAAAGGUUGAACAACAGUUGAAUAAUAUCAGAAAAUCUAAAAAAAUAUCAAAGAAUAUAGAGUCUCUGCAGGCUGAGCAUGAAAGUGAAAAUUUCAAAUUUGAGAAAAAAAAUGUACGUUUACUUAAGUCUAAAAUAAUUAAAGAAGGAAUACAGAAAGAUUUAUCUAUAAUUAACAAAUCCCAGGUGAAGUCUAAAACUGGUGGAAUUUAUGAAAUAAAGCUGGAGUUGAACGAUAAGCCAAAAAAAAUACGAAAAAAAAAUUUUUUCCAACAACAACAAAAAGUUGAUGAGAUACUAAAGGUAAAGCCCACUGACAAAGCGUAUCAUGAUAAAUACUUAGAUGGGGACAAAAACACAAGUGCGCUCGAAGACGAUAUCAAAUACUUUUGUUUAGAGCGGAAGUGCGAGUUAAAAGAUGGGGAGAGAGAAAAGUCUAGCACACAAAUUAUGGAUAAUAAUACGUCAGAUAUAGAUAGUGCCACUGACACAGACAGUGUGGAGAUGUUUGUUCAAGAGAGUGUUCGCAAGCAGGUGUCGACGCCAAUGAUAUCUGAAGAGUAUGAGAGAAGCAUUAACAGAAAAACAAAAAAUCCGGAUAAUUUUCUGGGUGCCCGUUGGGUAGAGGUGAAUAAACAUCAGACAAAAGCUUUAGAAAACACUGAACUGUUUAUAAAACAAACGUGUGAAAUGAAUACAAAAGAUAUUUGCCACGCAAAACGUAUGUUAUACAAUAGAGAUCAGGCUUCAAGAGUAGGCAACGUAAAAGUAUAUCCACUAGAUCAAGCAUGUGCUAAUAGAGCAUUUAAUAAUGAUGACGUUGAAGAAUCAAAUAUGCAACACAGGCAAACCAAAAGAAUGAUUGGAAAAAGAAGACAUAUACAGUUGGUAAGCAAAGAGACCGAAGUGAGAUCUAUGAGGAAUAGAUCAGACGUUAAAUAUUCUAUUCCUCUGGAUACUUCUCAAGCUGAUAAUAAUUAUCAAAAUUGUAUCAAAUCAAAUUCUAAUUCGAAAGCUGCUGGCUUAUUGAAGAUCAAUACAUCUCCGAGACGUAAGAAUAGUAAUGAAGCAGAUCUCAAUGUAUCUGAAGAUCAGAAAGUCAUAAUGCAAGAACCUUCUAGGGUUAGUGAAUCUGAUAAAGGGACUGAACUCAGUGCUCACAUGCACGAUAUAGGCAAGUUAUCUCUUGAAGAAACCAUAAGUAGUCGUGUGCUCGUAGCAAAAUACACCGACCAGAGCGUCAAUACCGAUACAAAUAUAAUGAGCGAAAGUCUCUUGCAAAUUUUGAACACUAGUAAUCAGCUGCCAGAUGAGAUGCAACAAACAACUCUUAAAUACUUGCUGAAACUAAGCGAUAGCAUUGCUGAGCAAAAGUUUGAGACUAGUAGAAAUAAUGACAGCUCGAUUGAUGUGGAUUACAAAUUGAAACUGAAUACUCUGGAGCAACAAUUAGUUGCGCUACAGGCGGAGAUGCUUAACCACCUACAACAAUUUGAAAGUCGCUCUGAGAUAAUGCAAUUGGAGAACUUAAGGUUAGCGAAGGAGAAGUCGGAACUUAAGCAACGUAUUAACCAAAUGGAACAGCAAAUCGCAGAGCUUUGUAAACCUACGGUGAAGACGCCAGAAUUGGAUCAAAUUUUAAAUGAAGCGCGAACACAAAGCAAUCGCAUUCUUGAAAUGACAAAGGCUAAAGAUCACUACAGGAAGCAAUGGCGUCGUUGUGCCAAACGUGUACAUACACUUAAGUUGACCAUCUAUGAAAAUAAUUUAAAAAACGAGUUGCAGAGCAACCAAGUACACGUGUUAAAUCUGAAAAGCAUUCUCACUAAGGAUGCCCAAGAGUUCGAGCGUGAGUACGGACAAUUCCGUAGACAAAGUGCUGAUGGUGUUAGCUUCAGCGCAUCUUCCGAUUCGCCGGAGACCGUGUUCAAGGACUGCCUACAAAGACUCUCCUCACAAACAUUGAACAAUCUUAUUCCCACAGAUCGAGAUGACAGCACCCGAAUGCAUUAAUUCUGUUAAUAAGUAACAAAAUUCUCCA